CAGUUGGCUUCUCUCCCUUACAUUCCCUCCUCCACUCUAGACAGCUGCAGCAGCCCCGGACUCUUACCCCAGUACAUGAUCUCACUCCCCGCAGUAGGUGACAGCUUCUCCCGCCCUCUGCUCAGGGCAGUGUGUCAUGCUGACAUCUUCAUGACGCAUGCGUAGCUCCGUUGAUUCAUCAAUAAUGGGAGGAACCAAAAAGAUCAAAAAGAACAUGCAAGCCAUAGGAGAUCAUGUCUGUUUUUACUAGCUGCCUGUCAGGGAAUUGGUAAAUGGAGCCCUCAGUUUCCGCCUCUCCUAAUGAUUCACCUCAGCUUUCUCCCAGUUCAGAACCUGGUGGCUCUGCUGUUGCUCCUAAAAAGGGGAAAUUGAAGUCAAAGAAUUUCUCACAGUGUGAAACUGAAGUUUUAGCUGAAGAGGUUGUUCCAAAAUAUAGCAUGUUAUAUGGUUCAAGAAAGGCCAACACAACUAGUAGUGUGCGCAAUCAAAUUUGGCAGAAUAUCUUAAUGCAAGUAAAUUCAGUUGGUGUAGCUCAGCGAUCAAUAGCUCAAUUGAAAAAAAAAUGGAAUGACUUACGUCGCAUUGUAAAAGCAAAAAUGGCAGAGGAAGCAAAGCAAUGUAAGAUUACUGGAGGAGGACCAAGGGAAAAUAAUAAUUUCUCGGCAGCCGAAGAAUUGGUCAGAGUUACCUAUAGUAGAGACCAAGUACAAGGAGUUGGGAAUAUGGACUUCAUGGCAUUGGCCAAUUCACCUCAAGAUGUGGACAAUCCAAGUUCAGAUGUUGAAGAACAAGCUACAAUGGAAAGGGAAAAUCUACAAGAAAGUGAAGUCACAACAGAGAAUCCCACAAGCACACCAAGCACGCAACAAGCUGAUUUUAAUAUUGAGGGGGAUCUAGGAUUCACAGAUCCACAGAUGUCGUUUUUGAAUGCUUACAGCAUGCGUAAUCAGCGGAAUUUGGAGGCAAUUGUUGCCAAAAUGGAGUCUAUGGAGAACUAUUGUCAGAAAGGUUUGCAAUUGUUUGAGCAAUUGGUUAACGAUUGUCAUAAGUAUGUGGAAUUCAGCAUUUCCAAUCCCCAGCAAUCAAACAUUCCUGCUCCAAUCUACACGCAGAGCAAAGGUUCAUCACCCAUUCCUCAAUCAUCAAUUGAUUCUUUGCCAAAGUACGGGGUUAAUUUGCCACCUACCAGCUCAGACAGUAGUGCUAUUUCCCAAGUUGCCAAACCUGUUUUGAAAUCAGGAAAAAGGCCUUAUAAAAGUAAUUUUCGUAAACUAAGGAAACCCCCCCAAAAAAAACUAUACAUACAUUUACCAAAUCCUCUCACCUUCUGGAUUUAGAGGAAGAUAAUGAUGAUGUGUUAGAUUUGAGUGGGCCAAUUGAAUUAACCACCAAAAAAAACAAAUUAGCAUCAUCUGCACAUUAUUUAAUGGAUUGUAAGGCUGAAAUGGGUGAGCUUUCCACUAGCUAUCCCUACAAACAACAUUUGAGAUUUUACCCUGGUGAACCCAAAAAAUAGCUUUCCAAUGCUGGUUGAAAGGCUGAAGUCUGGCUUCUUCCAGGGUCAGUUGUUUGUAAUGUUUCCAACAAAGUUCCUUUUCACUUUCAAAGCUCAAAGGUUUCGUGUUUAUUUUAAGGCCUAAAAUGCACCUUGAGAUCUUAGCCAUUAUCUUAAAGUAGUACUCUGGUGCAGAGUAUUCC